AUGGACACGCAGUACGGCCCCAUCCCCAGCUCGCCCGCCCACCUACAGCGCCUGCGCGAGCUGGUCCCAUCUGCUGAAGAGCUGGAGAAGGCGGGCUAUGUCCUGGCCCAGCUCUCGGCUUCAGACAUGGGCAGGAAGAGGCGCUGCGACCGCUGUACCCGUGCCCUGAAACAUAGCGGCAGGGACACGCAGCAUGGCCCACGUGCUGCCGUGACUGCUUCAGCCUCUUCUCUGCCGUCAACCGCACCACAGAUUCCGUCCCACGCCCGCAUAGUCGCCGCCCAGGAGGCGGCACGCAUCUCCAAAGAAUUCGACGACGCUUUCGACGAACUCACCAUCUCGCUGGCAAAUAAACCCGCCAAGCCCGUAGAGCCCAUCAUUCGCUGCAAGUUCCAUCCGGGCAAAGUGGCGUACAAGAAAUGGACUUGCUGUGGGAAUCAUGUCAUGGCAAAGCCCUGCACCGGCGAAGAACACCACCUUCCCCGACAUUAUCGGGUUGGAGAGCUGGAGAAGAACUGGAGGUACUACCCGACGCCCCUUGUGGCCUUGUCGUCGCCGCCCGCGGCCGCAGUCGUGAUUGAUUGCGAGAUGGGCACGGCCGCCACGGGCGAGUCGGAGCUGAUCCGCGUCUCCGUCAUCGACUACUUUUCCCGGAGAGUCCUGUUUGAUAGCCUCGUUCUGCCACAGGUUAAGAUGGCCCAUUACAACACGCGAUACUCCGGCAUCUCCCGGCAGAUGAUGGAGGACGCUCACCGACGCCGCAAGUGCCUUGUUGGCCGGGACCAGGCCAGGAGCGCCGUCUGGCGGCUGGUCGGACCGGACACCAUCGUCAUCGGCCACGCGGGGCAGCAGGACCUGACUUCCCUGCGCUGGAUCCACCCGCUGAUCGUGGACACGCUCAUGAUAGAGAAGAUGAGGCGAGAGACGGAGCGCCAGGCCGAGGAGGCGGCAAAGGCUGAGAGCGCCGGCAAGGACUCUGCCCAGAACCAGGACGGCGGCGGUGGUGGCGUCGAUGACGCAGACGGCAACGACCAAGGCAACGAAGACGAUUCCGCCUCGAAGCGUGAAGGAGGGCUGUCGCUCAAGGCCCUGGCCAGCCAACGACUGAACAGAACGAUCCAGAUCAGAGGGAGGGGCCACGACAGUGUGGAGGAUGCCUUGGCCACUAGGGAUCUGCUGUGUUGGCAAAUCAGCCAUCCCAUGCUGGAAUCGGUGCCACUCACGAUGCCUGCCUGA